AUGAAAAAUAUUAUUAGAGAUAAAAAAGAAUUUGAAUUACCAGAAUGGAUGAAACAACGAUUUUGGCGUCCAGUAACAUUCUAUUUAUAUGGUGAUGGUGGAGCUGGAAAAACUGGAUUAAUAAAUAAAUUAUUUUUUAAUAAUAAAUCAUUAUAUAAUAAACCUGAAAAUCAAACUGGUAAAAAUUAUUGGAAUGGUUAUAAUGGACAAGAAAUAAUAUUUUUUGAUGAAUUUUUUUCAAAAAUCAGUUGGAGUGAUAUGGUUAAUAUUUUAAAUGAUACAAAUCAUAAUGUUGAAAAAAAAUAUGAAGGAUUUACACCUUUAUUAUCAAAAUAUAUUUUUUUAACAAGUACUAAAUCACCUGAACAAGCAUAUAAUUUUAAUGAUUAUGAAUUAGAAGAUGGUACACAAUUGAAAAAUAAAAAAUCAUUAAAACAAUUUAUGCGUCGAUUAGAUUAUGUAAUAAAAUUUACUGGUGAAUGGGAUGAUGAUUUAGAAAAAUGUACAAUACAAAUUGAAAUUGAAAAAGGAAAUAAAGAUGAUUUUUAUAAUAUAUUUUGGGAUUUGAAAUAUAGUAAAGAUGAUUUAACAAUAGAAGAAUUGGUUGAACGAGUUAAAAAAAUUAAUAAAGAUAUUGAUGAUUAUCCACAAUGUGAAGAAUUAUCAUAUUAUAAGAAAAAAUUUAUAGAAAAUAAAAAUAAACGUAAAUUAGAUAAUGUAGAAAAUAAUAAUAUAGAAAAUAAUAAUACAAAAAAACAAUGUUUAUAA